AUGCUGAACUAUUCCCUCAAUGGAUGUGUGCUGGCCACAGGUCUGUCCGGUCUGUACUCGUCUCUUCCGGGCCGGCUGCAGGUUUACAGCGAAGACUGGCACUGUCUGGACCAGGCCGACUGGCAGCAGGUUCCAGCUCUCGUCCACUUCCUGCACUCCCUGGACUUCUGCAGCGCUGUUACCAAGGUGGCUCAUCCCUCCAUCCGGUCUCAGCUGCUGGGUUACAUCUACAACGGCUUCCUGGUGCCGGUCCUGGCUCCUGCUCUGCACAAGCUGACGGUGGAGGAGGUGAUGACCACCACGGCCUACCUGGAUCUGUUCCUGCGCUCCAUCUCAGAGCCCGCCCUCCUCCGGAGCUUCCUGUCCUUCAUCCUGCUGCACGCGCACGACAACGUGCACAUCCUGGACACGCUGGUCAGCAGGGUCAACACACCUUUCCAGUUGGGCACGGUGUCGCUGGCUCUGUUCAGGACUCUGAUUGGUCUCUUCUGUGAAGACGUCAUGCUGCAGCUGGUGUUCAGGUAUCUGAUUCCCUGCAGCCACCUGAGCGGGAAGCAGCGCUCGUCCCUAAAGCGGAGGGACUGUUGCUCCUCCGGUGCCGCCUCCUUCCUGCUCCUCUUGCCCUCCUGGAGUCCCGGGAACCUCCUCACCGUUACCACACACUCAGAGCACAUCCACUGGCCCAAAGGAGCAGAUCUGUCAGUGUCAGACAGCGUUGGUUACUGUCGGGGCUCAGACUUUCUGAUGGAUGUAAACUACCUGCACUACCUCUGGGACGCCCACCAAGCCAUCUCUACUGCCCUCAGGGCUUGUCGGCUCUGGUCGUCUCCGUAUGAUGGGAUCGACCCUUCACCUCAAGACUUCCGAUCGGACACACCCAGGGACGACAUAGAAGACGAGGAUGAGAUCGUACGGCGAGUCAACAGUGACUCCAUCUACUCUUUCUUCAUCGCUCCUCCGCCCUCAGCCCUCUCCCUGACGCCGUCCUCCUCAGAUACCUUCUCCACGGGCAACCAGGCAGGACGAGCCAGCUCCGCCCUGGAGCUGGAGUGGGACGACAUUUUUGCAGACAACGAUCCCUCUUCGCCAGCGUUGACGGACGCGGCACUAGCGAACGGCGGCGUGACCGCGGAGGUCGACAGAUUCGUCUCGACACCUCAACACAUCCAGGAAAUGCGACGCACUGCGACCAAGCUGGUGCGUGGCUCGUACGUGGAGGAAUCCGAGUUCGAGGACGACGUUCUGGUCUACAAUCUAGUCGCCCAGAGGGAAACGAAGGCGGACAUUUUGGAGCGAAUCAUGGCGGCAAACCGGCGGGCACGCGGGGGCAUCUCAAAAGGCCAGCGGGUGUUGACGGCGACGGCGACGACGAUGACGAUAACAACAAUGUUUACGACAACGGGAAAGACCGUCAUAGAAACGGUUAACAGUAUAAUGUCGACAAGGAGGAGGAGCGAGGACGGAGGGAAAGAGGAAAGAAGGAGCGAGGAUUAUGUGAAGGAGGUGAGGAGGAAGAGGAGCGAGGAUGGAGGGAAAGAGAUGGGGAGAAGGAAGGAGGAAGCAGAAGAUGAGAUAAAGAGGAUGGAUGUACAAGGAGGAUGUCAGUUUUUCACCAACGGCUGUAACGCUCAGAAUCACAUCAUCAACGAAUGUGAUGAUACGGUCGAAGACAACGAGACAUUUAAGCAAAACCUGAGUGACUUCAAAGCUACUGUCAAUCACGAACAUCGCAAAACACAACAUCCCACACCAUGUUUACCGACUUUACCCAAUGGCCACACUGAAUUUGAGCCACGUGACCCUUUGGCGACCGAUGCAAAGUCUCCAAGUCCACCUGGCAACAGAGUCGCCAACAACGAUGACUUCCUGUCCCAAUACCACAAGCUCAUGCUCUCUUUAGGGGUGGACCCGGACUGUGACGACGUCACUAACGACAUCAACGCUUUCAGGAGGCGGGUGCGAGUGCUGAGGCAAAAACUGGAAGAAGAGGAGGAGUCCUUCUUUAGCUCCUCGUGGGAUGACGGAGAGGAGGAGGCGAUGGAGGAAGUGGAAGAGGAAGGAGAGGAGAGGAACAGUAGCAGUAAGAAAGGCAGCAGGAGGCAUGGAGUUCCCUUUACAGGUCCGUUCAUCAGCGUGCUGUUGUCCCGCCUCGAGAACCUCCUGGAAAACUCCAUCGCCGUGAACCUGCUGGUGACGGGCAUCCUGGCCCAGCUGGCGUCGUACCCGCAACCUCUUCUGAGGUCCUUCCUGCUCCGCACCGACGCUCACGACCAUCCCAACGUACGCACACUGCACCAGGUGUUGGUGUCGGUGCAUGCUCAGAUUGAGCGCUACGUGGCGGCCAGGCCGGACUUCUCUGCCCUGGUUACUCAGGCCUGGAGGUUCUUGUUGGCUAAAGACCAAGACAGCAAGUUUAGAGAGUGCCUCCAGUCUCGGGGAGGCGACAUCAUCCUGGACCCGUCUCUCCCCAAUGGCUCCGUGAGGACCGCGCUGGCCUUGCCUCCACUCGCGGCCCUGCCGCCAUGCCCUCCCAUCCCCCCUCAAGCCAAGAGCCGAGUGUUCGCCAUCGUCCUGUUCGCCGAGUUCCUGAAAGAGCUGGCCGCCAUCGCCCAGGAGCACAGCGUCGCACUUGAAUGCACUGCGGAGGAGUGACUCACCGCCCCCGCCCGGCUUUAAAUAUCUGAGAAACUGCCAAGCACAAAACAUGCAACACGAAUGAUGUCACAGUAUAAUAUUUACAUGUACAGUAUCUUUAUAUUUCUAGCAGUACUUGAACAUUUUCCCCGUGUGAAUACGGAUGAUAUUUAUAUGUUGAUGAAUAUUAUUUUGAAGAGAAAUCAAGUUUUCUAUAUAUUUGUGGGAUCAAACAGUUUUCUACUCUGUUUUCUGAACUCUUUGCACUUCUUGAUACGGAACAAAUGUUGGUUAUUUCAGAGUUUUAUUAUUAUUUAGUCUUAUUUCAAAAUGCCUGUGUCGGCCAUUUUAAAUCAACCUCAUUUGAGUAGUAAUAACAGUAACCUUAAUCGAACACAUUGAAGUGACUUUACAGCAGAUGUUCUAAACAUUUAUCAACACGUUAACUUGUCUGCUAGCUAUAGCUGCUCGGGCUGAAGGUUUGGAAAUUCAAUUUGGAAAUUUAGACACAAACAUCUUGAAAAGAAAAGCUUUACCUGCUCAACUUAAUCAUUGUUUAUGCUUUAACAAGCUACUUCCUUCUUGUUGCUCCAAAAUGUCUUCCUUUUUGUUUUUUAGAGCAACUUUUUGGUUUUGAAGUAAUACACAGCAUGCGAUAGUUGCCGAUUGCAACCAGCUGAAUCUUCUCCCGUUACAAGACUGCAGAUCGAGAGCCGCAGAGUGCAAAACUGUGGUAACGCAGUAACACGGACCCUUUUACAGUUUGUAGACAACGACGACGUAAGUGUUAGCACACACGUGUUCUGGUUGUCGGCUGUAAACGGGUUCAUGAUAAGACUACUUUAGGAGAGGAAGUCAGACGGCCGCAGUUUCACAAGC